AUGAUAUCAACCGUCUUUGAAGCGAGCGUUAGGACCAAGGCACGCGGAUCGUGGAACCUCCACGUAGUGCUUCCAAAUGAUCUCGACUUUUUUAUCCUCCUUUCUUCAUGUGGCGGUGUGAUCGGGAACCGUGGCCAAGGCAACUACAACGCAGGCAACACGUGCCAAGACGCUCUAGCUCACUACCGUCGAUCUCGGGGCCUCAGUGGAACCUCACUCGACCUAGGCCAUAUGCUUGACAUCGGUGUGAUCGCGGAGCGACCGGACGAUUUAUUCAAAACAUCCCUCCCAUCCGCAUUGGGGAAUCAAGUCGUUUCGCAAGACGAGUUCCAUGCUCUGUUGGAGUACCAUUCAAUGUACAAAACUCAGAUAAGAUGGAAAGUUAUCAAUCAAGGAACAUUAGACAAAGCCCGCCCGGAAGAAAAAACACUGCAGAUUGUGGUUGAAGGCAUCAGUGAGAAAUUGUCCAACCUGUUGGCCAUAUCUGCCACCGAGAUUGACAGCGAGAUGGUCCCUUCCAAUUAUGGCGUUGAUUCCCUUGGAUCUAUUGAGAUUCGCAACUGGCUAUCAAAGGAGGUAGGUGUGGAGGUUGGGGUGUUGGAUAUUGUGGGUAGUCAGUCCAUUGUCGAUUUAGCGGAGCGGGUGCUCAAAGCUAAGGGUUAA